AUGGCGCAGUUACCUCGAGCUCGUCUUGGACCGUUUAGGAGGCCGUUUACAUUUGUUGGUGUCGACUAUUUCGGGCCAAUUUUGGUUGUGCAUGGCCGAAGUCAAGUCAAACGUUGGGGUGUCUUAUUUACGUGUCUCACUAGCAGAGCGAUUCAUAUAGAAGUGGCGUUUUCUCUGUCGACAGAUUCUUGCAUCUUGAGUAUCCAGCGUUUCAUUGCAAGAAGAGGAAAGCCAUCUGAAUUCUAUUCAGACAAUGGAACGAACUUUGUUGGCGCGGAAAAAGAGCUAAAAGACCAGUUCCAGCUAAUUAACAAGAAUGCUCUACUUUCCAAGUUUACAUCUCCACAUACGAAAUGGUACUUCAAUCCUCCAGCAGCUCCACACAUGGGAGGCAGUUGGGAGCGACUAAUCGGUACAGUGAAGAAGAUCCUCAGAGAAGUCAUGGGAAACAGGCGGCUGAAUGAUGAAACUUUCCAAUCAGCGUUAAUCGAAAUAGAAGCAGUGGUGAACUCACGUCCUCUUACUUAUGUUACUUUGGGACCUGACGAUGAAGAAGCGUUGACACCGAACCAUUUUAUUCUUGGGCCAUCAAAUGGAAAUAAGGGACUUGUAAACGAUAAUGAUCGAGAGCUUAUGUCACGUAAGGAUUGGCGGCAGAUACAACAGAUUGCAAACAUUUUCUGGAAGCGAUGGGUGCGUGAGUACCUACCAACUCUUACAAAGCGUACAAAAUGGUUUCAGAAGGCUGAACCAGUGAAGACGGGCGAUGUUGUUCUGAUCAUCGAUGAAAAUUUGCCGAGGUGUACUUGGCCAAAGGGGAUUAUUACCAGUACAGUCAUUUCCAAGGAUGGUCAGGUGAGAAGGGCGACAGUGAAGACGGCAAGUGGUGUUUUUGAUCGACCGGUGGCAAGGUUAGCUUUGUUAAACAUCAGUCAGACUACAGAGAGCAAGACAGCAGUUGGAGGAGCUCCCUUGCUGGGUGGGGGAAAUGUUGCUGAUGUAGAACAAAAAAGGACAAGAUACUUGAACAGGCCCAGGAUUGAAAUCUGA